CGCGCGCGGGGCCCGCACGUGGAGGCCGGCGCGGGGGCGCGGGCAGGGCCGGCUGCUGAGACGCGCUGCUGCCCCCCGCGCGGGCGCCGCGGCUUCAAUGGCGCCAUCGCCCAGGACCAGCAGCCGGCAAGAUGCGACCGCCCUGCCCAGCAUGUCCUCAACUUUUUGGGCGUUCAUGAUCCUGGCCAGCCUGCUCAUCGCCUACUGCAGUCAGCUGGCUGCCGGCACAUGUGAGAUUGUGACCCUGGACCGGGACAGCAGCCAGCCUCGGAGGACGAUCGCCCGGCAGACGGCUCGCUGUGCCUGCAGGAAGGGGCAGAUCGCGGGCACCACGAGAGCCCGGCCCGCCUGCGUGGACGCUCGAAUCAUCAAGACAAAGCAGUGGUGUGACAUGCUCCCGUGUCUGGAGGGCGAAGGCUGUGACCUGCUGAUCAACCGGUCAGGCUGGACGUGCACACAGCCCGGCGGGCGGAUAAAGACCACCACGGUCUCCUGACAAACGCAGCCCCAGAGGGGCCCCGGGAGUGGCCACACCUCAGCCACGGUCCUCUGUCUGCCGUGGACUCCACCUGUUGUCCGCUAUCUGCCCGCCCUCCGUCUCUCUGUAGCCCGCCCGUCAAGGACGGCCCACUUCCUUGGCGUCCUGAGCUGAGCGUGUCCGCCACAGCGAGGAGUCUGGCCUGGGCCACACAGCGGGGGCCACGCUGGGCAUCUGUGGCAGCCUGGCUUCACCCGCCCUCCCUGGCCGCGGCCUGGGCUGUGCUCUCCGAGGAGGACGAGGUGGCAGCCACAGGGGCGACCACCCAGCCAGCCCGGGAGAGGAGGACAGCGCCGGGCCCAGGGGAGCACGGGCCCUCGGGCUCAGAAGAGGCCUCUCCUCGCCCCCCAGACUGUGCGAAUCACUUUUAUUUUCGUACCCUUUCAGUAUACCCAAUAGACCAAAGAGCAAAAUCUAUUUUAACUUGGACUCGCCCUCACCGUCAGAGUCCCUGGGUUCGCCGGGGGGACGCGGGGGCAGAGACAUGCCGGCGGCCCCGGUGGGACGCGGAGGGCGGCCCCAGCACAGGUGUCACCUCCACGAACACUGCGGGGCGCACUGAGAGGGGCCGAGCCUGCGGAGGACACCACGGCAGCCCUGCAGGGCCCGGCCAGUGAUGCCCCCACGCGGACCCCGCGGGCCAGCGCCGCUCGCCGGGAACACAGACCACCGCACACACCCUGCUCCUCUGUACUUAGAUGGACUUGACCGACUAAAAUCACUUUCUGUUUUAACCAGUUAAACAUGCCUCUCUACAGCUCAUUUCUGAUAGUGGGAUAAUCCAGUAUUCGCCAAGAGCAUGUUGGGUCUCCCGUGACUGCUGUCUGCUCGACACACCAUUUAGCUCCAGAAAGCAAAUUAAAGAAACCUAAAGUAACACUUGUUUGGAAGAGAUCAUUAAAUGUAUUUUGCAAAGCCUAAAGUUAUAUAUUUAACAGUUUUUAUAUGUUGUAUAUUUGUAGAAAAUCCUAUUUAACAAUUAAUGUGGUAGCCCCCGGUCGGCCCGCUUGGCAGGCGGAGCGCUGGUGUCUCUGAAGGGCUCCGGGGUGGGCACGGGGGGAGCCGGGCGCGGUCAGGCAGGACUCCGGGGACAGCCGCCGAGGACGUGCCUGACGUCCCAGGAGCUGCGGCGGGUGCCCGUGGGGAGGUGGCCUUCCUCACCCGCCUUGGGCCCGGCUCGGUGAAGGCCGAGUGCGCGAUUUGUCGGUCACACCCCUUCCGACGGAUACCGUGUCCCUUAUGUGACCCUCCCCCACGGGCAGAUUCUGAGGCCGCCGCCGCCGACCUCCUCUCCUGGUCGAUGUCCCGCUCCCUCUCUGUCUUCACGUCUGCCGCCGAGUCACUGGGGCAGGCCGCCCUGCAGAGAAUGGCAGGCGCCUGACCUUCCCGCACCCUCCCCGGAGCACGGGGUCGCCGGGCCCAACGAGCAAGGGACAGUUCCGCGUCUCCGUCCCUGGACCAGGCCGUGGUCCCGUGGGGUCCUUCAUUCUCCUGAGUUUGUGCAGAACUAUACUACCUGACGGUCCAAUUAACAGGCGCACUAUGCUAGUUCUAUGCUACUAAAAAAAAAAAAAGAAAGAAAGAAAAAGUAAAAAAAAAUAAUAAUAAUAAAUAUAUAGAAGCUGUCCCAGCAACCCAUAGACUAAAGAUAGGAGAGAAGACCCAUUUAUUUAAGACCCGUUUCGAUGUCCAUGAGUAUUUAAUUUACCCUUCCAGUCACCACACAUUCAGAGGCCUGAGUGUCUGGAGAGGGAGAUACGGUGGGUGCUGGGCUCCCAGCGCAGACGGGGCAGUGGCCGUGGGGGGAUCUCUGCCACCUCCCUGAGCCUGUGUCUUCCCACGGCAAGUGUAGACCCCUUUGGAGGCAGACACUGGAGGUUUAAGAUGUUACAGCGUUUUUUUCCUUGUUUUACAGUAUUCAAUUUUGUGUUGAUUCAGCUAAAUUAUGAAAAUAAAGAAAAAAUCCUUUGGUAA